GAGGAGGGAGGGGGUGAGGGUGGGGGGCGGCGCCCCGGGCCGCUGGUGGUGGAGGAGUUUGUUGGUAAACAGGCAGCGGCGGCGGCGGGGCCAGACAUGACCACCUCGCUCCUCCAGGCUUCUUGACCCCCACACCUCCCUCCACCACUCUGAUUUUUAUGUUAUGGGUUUUGACCUGACGAGGUUCCAGGGGGAGGUGGAUGAGGAGCUGCUCUGUCCUAUUUGCUCUGAAGUUCUGCAAGAUCCUCUCCAGGCUCCUUCAUGUGAACAUGCCUUCUGUAGCGGCUGCAUCAAUGAGUGGUUGUCCAGGCAGCAGACUUGUCCUGUUGAUCGCCAGCCUAUUACCUCCUCCCAGCUUAAGUCCGUUCCAAGGAUACUACGCAGUUUACUUUCAAAGUUGUAUAUAUCAUGUGACAACAAACCUCACGGUUGCACUUCAAUUGUUAAACUUGAUGCUCUGAGCUCUCACUUGGAGGAAUGUGAGUUCAACCCCAAGCGUCCUGUGCCGUGUGAACAAGGAUGUGGCCUUGUUGUACCUAAGGAUGAGUUGAAGGACCAUAACUGUCUUCGUGAGUUGCGAACUUUAAUACAAAGUCAGUCUGGUAAAAUUGGAGAGUUGCAACAAGAACUUGCUGAAAAUAAAUACCAACUUAACGAACAGAAACGAGAAAUACAGCUCUUAAAGGAUUUUAUGCGAGCCAUGAGAAUCAGUAACCCACAGAUGAGAGCGAUAGCUGAUCAAAUGGAGCAAGAUGAGGUUGUGAGGUGGGCCAGUUCCUUAUCACGUGCGCGGGUCACUCGCUGGGGAGGCAUGAUAUCCACUCCUGAUGCUAUGUUGCAGGCUGUGAUUCGGCGCGCCUUGAGUGAGUCGGGGUGCCCUCCACACAUUAUUGACCAGCUUAUGGAAAAUGCCCAUGAACGGCGGUGGCCACCAGGGUUAUCCACGCUGGAGACCAGGCAGGUAAUGAAUCGUCGACAUUACGAGAGUUACAUCUGUAAAAGAGUACCAGGGAAGCAGGCGGUAGUGGUGAUGGCCUGUGAUAAUCGCCAUAUGAACGAUGAUAUGCUUCUUGAUCCUGGUCUGGUGAUGAUCUUUGCCCAUGGUAUCGAAUAGGAAGCAGUGAGUGUGACUGGUGCUAUGUAUGAACUUAUAAAUAUGUUUUAGUACAGUAUUUCCUCUGUCUAUUUUUGGAUUCUUGUGUUCAGAUGGUUACAUCCUAUGUGUAUAAAUAUGUUGGCAUGUUCACAGCUGCAUGUAAAUGGUUGGGGAAUCUCCAUUUGAAUUUGGAAUGUUUUCAUGUGGCCCAAUAAAAAGAAAGUUAAAUUAAAGGAUAUUGUAAAUUGUCUAUCUAAAAAUGAACUUAAAAUUGCAACUAGGACAAGGAUGAGAUGUUGCUUAGAAAUUAAUAACUGCUGCUUAUUAUUCUUAAAUGCCAAGUAAUAACGUGAAAAAAAAAGUCAUUCGAUUACAUAUAUAUUUAUUAGAAGGUUGCUCAUUCUGCUGGAUAUUUUAUGCCUACCUGUAAUUGCCAUUUGAAUGUAGAUAUUAAAUUGAAUUGUAUUCAUAUUCAGUUUUAGACACCCACAUAGUAAAAUAUGUAACAGAUUAAACCUGAAAUUCCUGCUGCUUUGCUAAUGUUAUCUUUCACGUUGCUCACCUAAAUAUGUAGUAAAGCACAGUCGGCCGUCGUAUCCCCGAGGCUACAAUCGGUUGUUGUAUCUAUGCUGACUUAAAUAUCUCCAAUGAGUCCAUGUCUUAUAAUUAAUAUUGACAGUCAUACUGAAUUUUGGAUGAAGAUUUCUUUAAAGCAGUUAGUGUUUCAGCCAAUAAUGAUGUCUCGGGUUAAUGAAGGCUUCCUGCAUAAGCUUUAUUAAAGAGAUCAAAUUAUGUAAUCAUGGAUAAUUUAACAUUCAUAUUUCCUUGUGUAAGAAAUGGCUUAUUUUACAUGAAGGUUUAUAAUAUUCCUUUAUAAAGUUUUCAAAAUACAAGUCAUGAACAUGGGUGUAUUAACAUGCAUGUUAAUAAACAUACCAGUAAAUAUGAGUCAUAAAAACGUGGCUGAACAUAUGACCAAACUACACACCAGAAGAUGAAGAAACGGCGACGUUUCGGUCCGUCCUGAACCAUUAUCAAGUCAUGUGUGAAUUGAUAACACACACGACUUGAUAAUGGUCCAGGACGGACCAAAAUGUCGUCGUUUCUUCAUUUUCUGGUGUGUGGUCUGGUCAUCUUGAGUCACAAUUAUUAGUGACAGGAAGUGACCUUAGGAACACACAUUAGUUGGCCUUGUGAAUCACAAGGUUAUUCCUGGACCACCCAGCUAUUAAAAUAAGAAGAAUGUAGGGUAUUGAUGUGCAUCAGUGACUCUGGUCACAUUUUUGCAGUACUGUAUUCAUCAUUUAUUUUGUGAGAAUUUUUAUUUUUCUUGGGAAUCAAAUUAUUAAUCCUUUCACUGCAUUAGCUACCAAGUGAUGUGAUGACUGGUUCCUGUGUCUGUUCAGCCCAAAUUGUUUUGCUUCACUACAUCAAUUUUUUAUCCACAUGCCAGUCAUGCUUCUUUCUGCGCUUUUCCCUUGAUUGGUUCCUUAAGGCAGCAUCCUGUACGUAUCCACACAGACAUAUUUUGCAAUUCAGGCUCUGAUAUGCCCAUAAACAUUCAAAAUAGUCUGAUGACAGUGUGGUAAGUUAAAUUUCAGCCAUCACAAAAACACACAUUUACUACCACUCACAAAAUUAACAUUAGAUGGGAUAAACUAUCCUAAACAAUAAUUUGAAUACAUUUGCUAACUACUGACUGGGAAAUCGGCCAUUAUCCAGACUGUCAUCUGGUUGCAGCAUCACCACCAGCUUAGGUUUAGAGAAGCCAGUAAAGUCACAUGUAUAUUAGUGACUUUAUGGGGAGGCAUCUCAACUGAGAUGGCGGGAAUGAGUACAGUACUGUUGAACUGUUGAAAGGUGACGGUGCUCUGGAGCUCAAGGGAGUACAUGUCUGGUAUGUUCAACAACUUCUAUGAGAAUGAGGAAGAGAGCUGAGGCUUGAUCAGCCAGGCUCACACUUCACUCAUUUAAGUAAAAGCCUAUAGACAGAGCACCAAUUAGGAUACAGGUUCAACCAUACACCCGCAUUUCAUUGGCUGAACUCGGGCUUUGCUGGUGUGGCAGGGAGAGGGAGGAACAGGGUUACCAAUGACCUAGGGUUAGGUCAAAGUGACUCAGGCUGGUACCUGCUACACUUCUCACAAGUCAAGCCUGGCCUCAGGCUGGGCUUGGGGAGUAGAACUCCCAGAACCCCAUCAAGCAGGUAUCAACAGCUAACUUGAAGGGUGAGCCUUCCCCCUCCCCUCAUGAUUAUACAAGCUAGUUGUAUAAACUCUCUACUAGCAUAUCCAGGCAUCAUUUGUCACCACACACGAUUUAUGAACUACUCGUGCGAUUUCCAGUUCAUAGACACCCGACACCGAUGUACUCGUGUCCUUAGAUGGGCAACUACAAAUGCUCAAUGCAGACCUGCACAGCAGCUAUAGGGUACAAGACUUGCCAAAAGAACGCCUUUCUCUUACAUACUUAUAGACUAGCCUUUUACAUUUGUAUUCUUAAGUAUACAAAUUCAAUGAGAGGUGUGAGCUUGUUUUUGUUAAUCUCGUGUAUAUUAGGUUUAAUUUGAGACAAGCACACUCGUCUUAUCAAUACAAAGAUGCCUUUCUCUUUUCUGGUCAUUGAUAUUUGUUAGAGCUGAAAGUCUCUGUUCACAACAAUACAUCAUUGUUCUUGAAUCUUCCCACCACACUUUGCAUCCUCUCGCCGUAACUAUUGCAUUAAUGUCUUUUUUCCCGAGCAAUAUAACUAAAGCAUUUGGAAAGUUUCUGGUAAUGGUGCGUGAGCAAGUUUUUGUAACUUGUUAGUAAAGAAUUUCUCUGGUGUCCACAUAUGCAACUGGCUGAAGGGAGCAAACAAGUGGCUUCAGCAAACAUGUGGCAUGACAGUAAAUUGUAAUGUUGCAUAGUUGAAUGUUCAAAGCAGGGAUUUGUAGGCUAUACAUGAAUAAAAAAAUUACUUUGAUCAUACAUCUCAUGAAAAAUAUAGAUAUUGAUAAUAUUAUUUAUAUAAUAUGUACUUGGUAAAAAGAUUUGAGAAAACACAGUAAUUUCAAGAUAAGGUACUAUAAUAAACAUAGUACAGUAAUUAUAGCAGUGUUUUGGGCGCAGCUGGAGGUGUUAUUGCACUCAGGAGGGAACUUUGAAUUUGCAUUGUCUGUACGAUAUUUUCCUGUGGGAUGGACACUUAAUUUGACACCACGAGUAUAAUAAUAAUAAUGUCUGGCAUUGAAGGCCCCAUGAGCUGUGCCUGGUGCCAGCAGAUUUAGUGCGUAUCAAGUUGACUGUGGGGAAAAAGUCUAAUGUGCUUGUUUAUCUACAACUACAGUAUAGUCAUUCAGCAAUAUACGUAUUAAAGAUAUAUAUAGACUAACGUUAUAAAGAUUCGAUAAGAACUAUUGAGGAAAACGAAAAUUAUAGAUUUUAGUAGAUUAAUGGUUUUUGUUUGUUCUGUGAAAAAGCUAAGAAAGUGAGGUAAUAACUCAGUUCUUGAACCAAAAUUUUUAUUUUAGUAAUUGUGUAAAUAUUUUUUUCAGAUUUCUUUUUUCUUUUUUAUACUGUGCAAUAUUAAAUAUGAUUUUCCAGAAUUCCAUAGGACAUAAAGCAUUUUAAUAACAAGUAUGUUUGGUUAAAUGCAGUCCUGAAAGGAUUAAGAAUUUUGAAAAUGUACAUAGUGUAUUACAUUGAUAUGAAGAAUAUCCUCUUUAUACAUUUGUAAAUUGUAAUGUAUAUGUGAACAAAAGUAUUGUAUAUCAGAUAUUUUAGGAGUAUAAAAUAUAAGGAAAAUUUCUUAGGUUUGCCUACUGUCAUAAGACCAGUGUGAGAGAGCAUGUUAUGGUACAGUACUAAAAUUGGUCAAAAGAAAUUUGUUUGCAAAAUGGUGUACAACAUGGUAAGCAAUAAUUGUGUGAGAGUUGAUCAUGCCUUUAUUAGUUAAUCAACCAGUUAAUGUCAUUAGGUAUUUGUACAGUACAGUAUUUGUACAGUACAGUAUUUGUACAGUAUGCCAAUUUAUUUGUGUGAUGCACAGUUUGGUUUGGAAUACAAUGUAUAGUAUGGUAAAUGUGUGUUCUUGCCGAGUGGCAACCGCACUGGGCAGGUGAUGAUAGCAAGGAUGGGUAUUUCAGUGGUUAUCAUAUUUUGCAACAGAUGGUUGUUACAGUGUCAUGUUGAGAAGGAUGGGUGUUACUUUAUGCACUUUUGUAAUUUAUUACAGUAUGUUCCUCCGAGAUUGAUAAAGGUGUGACUUGGAAAAUGCAGUCAGCUUCCAGGAGAAGAAAGGUGAUCAUAUGAACACUUAUGUGGCUACAAGAAACACUAUGCGUGGUCUUGUAUACAUACCACAACAUACAGUGGUAUGUUGAUAUUCUCAACAUACCACUGUAACAACCAUCCAUAAAUAAAAUUCAAAGUAAAUGCCCCCUCUACUCUAGAAAGUUUUCCCUGCCUGACUACUUGAAUUUGGUCUAUGCCACAGUGAAUACUUACAUUAGAAAGCAACAGUGAUUACAGAGAAAGUGGCUUUACAUAUGGAAUCGGAGCCUUAUUAUUAAUUUUUUUUUUUUUUUAAUAUUUGCAGACGUGAGGAAAAUAAAUUAUUUAGGUAGGGUUCAAAGAAAGCUUGUAACAAGUGUGGCAAUCUGAGGUGAUUUAGGAUAUUUCUUGUAAAUGGUGAAUAAUAGUGGUGUCGAGUGACGCAAUUACUUGUCGUUAGUGAUAUAAUGUCUGGUUGGGGAGGGGAGUUGACACAUGGAUGUGUUAAGGAGAUGCAUGUAUAAAUUAUGCUGCAAUGCUAAUAUAAAAAUGUGAAAUCUAUGAUCAUAUAAUUGUUGAGCCAUAAGACUGAAUUUAAUUGGAUGUAUCAUGUGUUAAAAUGAAGAGAUUUUAAUGGUUUCUUCUAAUUUGUUUGAUGCUCCUCUUAUUUGCUUGAAAUAGGUUAAUGUUUAUACGGAACUAUCAUUCUUAAGGUACCAAUUAAUCUUGAAAGGUGUCGUGAGGUUAGUCGCACGUUGCCAUGCUUCUCGCUUUUCACCAUGAACCUGAGUACCCGCCCUUCCAAUAUCUUCCAUAUGUUUAUUAGGAUAUUAUCUUGGUUGUCUACAUGUCACUGAGUACAAGUUACGUACUGUACUUCCAGUAGAUUAAGUGCUUUAUUGAAUUAGUUUGGAUGAACACCGCUCUUAAAGCGACCUGUCCUCUUAAAAAUAACGUUGCUUUUGGCCGUUUACCCAUAAGGCCGAAAGUGGACGUAAUUUGAAAAUGAAAAAAAAAAUGAAAAUAAGUUUUUUUUUUUUCAACAACAGUAACCUAACCUAACCUAAGUUAAAGGUCCUCCGAUAGUUUAGGUGGGCAGGAAAAUCUCAAAGUUUCAAAACUUUAAUUGAAAGUUUUCACUUCUAACCUGUCCGCUGCAUAAGCCGGACGACUCAAACAGAAAACCGAACAGUACGUCACUUUUGCGAGUAGAUUUCAUUUCAAAUUAUGUCCAAAUUUGGCCAUAGCGCGCAUGCGAGCCAAAAGUGACGUUAUUUUUAAGAGGACAGGUUGCUUAAAGUGCUAACAACACGUUAGAUAAAUAUGCAAUUGAGAGUACAGUAUUGUAGUUUGCAUUGUUUGAGGGCUUUCUAUUUACACUAUUUCACUUGAAAUGAUGUUCAUACACAGCAGUAUUCUAGUCAACAUGGGAUAAGUGCUGGAAGGAAUAUUUUUAGGUGAUCUCUUUGGAACAAUAUACUGUAUCCCAUGAUCUUAAGUGUGGUAAUUGCUCUUUUCCCACAGGGAAAUUAUUCAUGAUAGGAAAUGGGUAUGAAUUAAACGCCUAAUUUCUGUUCUCCAUUUAAAAUCACUACUGCAUAGUACUACAGUAUAUUGAAAUUGGACAUUGUAUGCUUUGUCACUAAUGCACAUAGUGAUACUAACUUUUGUUGUGUAGCAUAAUAUGAAGGUGUUUAUAUUCUCACUGAUGUCAAAUAUACAGUACAGUACAGUACUCAGGAAAGCAGGGAAGCAAAACAAAUGCUUUUUUGUAUAGACAACAUUUCAUUUAUGCUCUUGAAUUUUUAUUUGAAUUUUGCAAAAGGCUAAUUAAUAAAUUGGACAAUUUUCAAAAGUAUGCAGCCAGAACUAGUUUUAAGUGUGAAUGUGUGUUGCUGUAAAUGCACACAGUAUACCUAGAAGAUAUGUUAAUUUUUAAAUUUAAUACUGUGAGAAUAGUAUUUCUUUCUGUACGUAAUCAAAAUUUGAAUAUUUUAAGUAAAUGUUAUCCAGUAUAGGAAUGUGUUGCAUGGAAUGGCAGAUAAGAACAGCGUUAAUUGUUUUGAUCUCUUGUAAAGUAUAAGGUAGAGAUAAAAAGGUUGUUAAUGUUAUCAGUGCUUUGAUUUUAGUGAAUAGUGGAACAUAUUAUAACAAGGGGUUUAUGGAUUAUGUCUAAGAGUGAAGUAUUAUUCUUAUAGAAGAGAAGGGGAUAUAUGGUUGAAGAUCUUCAUUUGAAAUAUUAAGGGUUUUACUCUGUUUUUGUCAGUAUGAACCCAAAAAAAUCUCCAUUAAUGUGACAAACUACAAAGUUGAAUGUUCAACAUUAGGUAAUAAAGAGCCCAUGGUGUAAGCACAUGCCCUCAUGUAGAAGAAAUUCUACUGUCAGUAAGCUUCAUUCUCUGACCUCACAAGUCUUUCAAUAGAAAGAGUAUUAUAGGCAUGUGUUUUAGCAUAGUUCUUUAUUUACCUUCUAAGAAUGUUUACCCAUUUGCAUGAUUUUGUUGUAACUCUUCCUCGUAUUGCAGUAGCAACAUCUUGACACAUGCUAGCAGUGCUAACUCCAAGUGAGUUAGCAUUUCCAAAGUCAACUUUUCUGAUAAAUAAAAAGAUACUUUUUGUGUCCAGUAUGCUACAUUUAGAGACAUUGAGUUUAGCCCAAUAUAAGCAUUGAUUUGUUUUCAGAAAACUCUUGAAAUAAAUAUGUAAAUUUUGUUAAAUUUAUAAGACUUGCAUUUGUAAUGGUUUUUAACCCUUUUGUUUUGGCAAUUGUUUCAACUCCAUAUUUUUCUUAAAUCUACCAUAUAUGCUCUUUCCAGUGGUACCAUUUUAUUAACACACAUUUGAUGGGUAUUUUCUAACGGUAAACAUUAUGAAAGUUACUUAAUGCUAGGCUAUAUAUGUUCACAAUACAUUGAAUAUCAUGAAUAUAGGACAAGCAUUCUCACCAAGGAAUUUCAUAUAUUUUUGUUCAAAUACAAAAAAUGCCAGUAUAAUAGUAAUUCUGAAAUGUUUUUCUUACAGUAUAGACUUGUUCUAUUUUCUCUAAUCAUUUUGAUAACCAAAUCUCAGACAUGAAAAUAUUUUCCUGCUGAUUUUAGAUCUAUUGUAUGGCAUAACUUUUUCCUGCUGCCACCAUAUGGCAGCACUUUCCAUGCCCUCUCUGAUUCAGAGGGUCGUAUGUCUUGACCCCUCUGGUUCUGAGGAGUUGUACGUCUUGACCCCUCUGGUUCUGAGGAGUUGUAUGUCUUGACCCCUCUGGUUCUGAGGAGUUGUACGUCUUGACCCCUCUGGUUCUGAGGGUCCUAUGUCUUAGGACCCUCAGAACUAGAGGAGUCUUAACGAUUGUUACAAGAUGUAGAAAUUAUUUUUAUGUCCAUCCCGUUGAAUAAAUUUGUUUAUGAAGUAAGCGUCCCCACUUAAUGAAGCAAAAGGGUUAAGUGAAACUGUACAUGAAGUCGUUCGGAAGUUGCAUUUAUUCAAAAUGUUAUAUUUCUCAUAUUGAGUAAACAUAAGUUGUACAUGUUAAUGUAGUUUUUUAUGAAAGUGACUCGUGUUAAUGUGUUAGGUAUAGUGAUUACAAGCUGUGAUGUUAUUAUUGUAGUGAUAAAGCUUCAGUUUAUUAACAAGGUAGAUACCAAAUGUUUUAAGACUGUUUAAGUUCCUUUGUAUAUAGCCAUAGAGGUGAAGAUCUGUUUGAUCUAGGGAAUGUUGCAUCUGCAACGAUCUUGGCUGUAAAACAUGAACGCAGUUUGGUAGAAGGGUUGCUGUACCAGUUGAAUUAAUAUUCCUAAUGUACAGUCUUUGAUAUCUGUGCAAACUUCAUAGUUAACUAACAACUGAAAUGUGACUUUUUCAAUUCAGAAAUCAAGGUUGUGUCUAUAAACAAAAUAUUUUAUGCAUUAAAACCAAGUUACAUUGAUUGUGUGUGCUCUAGCAAUAGUAGAGUUUAAAUUUUACACUAUGUGUAGCUUUCUAUAUUCAUUACCGAUUGUAGAGCUGCAAUCAUUUCAUUAAUGAAAUCCAUAAAUUUUAGGUAAUGAUUUAGAGUGUUGUUAGAAGUAAAAUGUUCAUUUUUUUUUUUGUUCAUAAAAUUACCAGAUUCCAUUCUGUUAAGGUCUAGUAAACAUUGCAACAUUAAGUACUGUACACACGUAUGUGUGUGUGUGUAUUACUCACUAUUAUAUCAAUGUUGAAGAGUUAAAUGAGCCGCAUUCUUUCUAGAUUAAUCCAAACCUGUUUUAAUUGUUGGCAGUGCACUUUUUAUUUUGAAAAGUUAUUGUUAAACUUCUUCCAUCUGAUAGUUAUAUAUAGGUUAAAAGCCACCAACACACACACACACACGCGCGAACGAACGAACGAGAAUACGUCCCACAGUUAUCAAGUCGUGGCUAGGCUAAUAAUGGAAGAGACCACACACACUAUUCAUAUUGUGGGUUGGAUUACUUGGUACAUUAAGAAUGUUUGGCAAUAUGAUGAUACCGAGAGUCCCAUGUAAUCAAACUGACAGCUGGAUUUGUACAUGUUUGAAUACCCUUGAUGCUUAGAUCAGUUGAAUGUGUUUGAUUCAUCUAUGGUCUUAAAUGACUACAGUUUGUUGAAAAUGCUCCAUGUAAACAACAACCAUUUUUGUUUAACUUCUGAGUAUUAGACUGGUUACUUAAAUAAUAUAAUUCAAAUUUUAACUCCAUCCUUAAAUUUAUUUCAAGAGUAGAAAUGUUUAAUUGUUUAAUAUGUAACAAUACUUAUUCUAAUGAAUGAACAUGUUAUUUAGGAAAAAGUACAUGCAUACAUUCAUAGGAUAUAGGUAGAUUGUUGGAUUCAUAAGUAGGUAAGGACAUUGCCUAAAGCCACUAAUAUACUUUAGGCAUAUCCUACAUUCUCUAUGCCUAGGAUACAUUAUAUCCUACAUUGCUUAUGACUAUUUUAUUUGUAUUAAAAAGAAAACUGCCAGGUUGAUGCUCAGUGCUUCCAGUAUUUAAUUACUCAUUUUUUAGAGACAGAGCAAGAGCAAUGUACAGUAUUCAUUUCAAAUUGUCCCUUAUCACAUUAUGUUGACCCUUCUUUCAAUGUUGGACAGUGCAAAAAGAGAGCGAGUUGUGUGUGUAUAAUUACCGAAUUGUAGUUACAGGAUGAGAACUAUGCUCGUGGUGUCCCAUCUUCCCGGUACUCGUAAUACUUUGAAACGGCUGACAGUUUUGGCCACCAACUUCUCAACUUGUUCCAAGCAUCUACCACUCUGCAAAAGUUAAUUCUCAUAUUUUUUUCAGUAGCUUUCUUUAGUUAGCUUAAAUCUAUGACCUCUUUGUCUUGAAGUUCCAGGUCUCAGGAAUUCUUCCUUAUGAAUUUUGUAGAUUUCCGUUACUAUUUUGUACUCGGUGAUCAUAUUGUCUUUCUGGGGGAAGCCCCGUCGGCUCCCUGGCGCUAAAGGACUGAUAUUAAUCUGGGGGCUUCAGUCAUAUGGAGUUGUCAUGCCUACCAGGAACCACGAGCCAGAACCUGGUUCCCUUAAAGAGGCAAAGGGAGCAAUGUCCUAUGAAAACUCCACUUUGAGAGAAUAUUCACAUCUGCUGUAGACUGGGGUUGGGCAUCCAGAAAGGUAGGCGCCCCAAAACAGACUCUAAUUUUUAGAAAAUUGCAACCGGAGACCGAAACAGAGGCUUAAACUCUCCAAGAAAAUACAAGGAAACAAGAAUAUGGUCAUCAACCUGAUGUGCCACUCGUUCUCGUUACCCCCUUUCCUGGGAGGGGGAGGGCCCCCUGUCCCACCGAGCCAGCCAUUUGCCCACCAGUUUGUCGACUGAAGCCGACUGGGGCGGAUGUUUACUCUGGCCUCAAUUGCCUGUCAGAAUUUUGACCCUAGCGGUGAUGCCUGCUGUGUGCUGAAGCGUUGGCGAAGAGUACUAGGGCUGCAUGCACUUGGGGUUCUCUUCCCUAGGUGCACAAUAAGUACUUCCCUUGGUUUUAGGGUCAUCUUUCCUGAGACUUGUGGGUUUCCACUCCGGUAGGGGUAGCGGUCACUUGGCUUCUGCCUCACCCUUGGGGUCAGCUUGGGUCUGUGUGUUUUCGUUUGGCUCUGGGUAGGGAGUGUUUGUUGCUGGUUGGGGCGCACUGUACUGCCAGCUUGCAUAAAAGCAGCGACCGUGCCUGUCUCUGGCCUCCUGUUAUUGUGGAGCACUUUUGGGGGUUCUUUACUUUCUAGUUUUUCCUGUCUGGUGGAGGGCUGCCUGACUUAUCAUCCUCCCCUCCCUCCUUCCCCCAAGAUUGCUCCCUUCCCAGGGGCAAGUUUGCCCGGUAUGGAUGGGGUUCAAUUAAUUACUCCCAGUUAAUACUUUCAUGAGCAAUCGAGACCGAACUAAUCUGGUAGAACAAAGCAUUAAUACAUAACUGACAAAAGCCUCAAAAUUGGAAUAUUAAUUAAGCAGCUUGUUAAGUAACCUGUUUUGUUUUAUAUUUGUGUAACAAUAUA